AUGCAACACCGUCAGAAGGUCCACAUCCAUUCUCUGAUGAGUCUCCACCGGGAGACUGACACAAUGAUAGGGAUGACUGAUCAUUUCCUUCAGCAGUACAUCAUAGCCACUCAGAGUCAGCCAACGUCCAAGCUGGAAGCCUUCCAGAACCACUUUACCUGGGAUCUGAACUCCAGCAGGUCCAAACUAUUUAAGCUCAGAGAUGUACUACAGGACAUUGGCACCAAUGAAGGAAACAGCUGGCUGGGUCACAUUUACAACCUGCAGGGGUUCAUCCACUAUCAGCUGGGCUUCAUCCACUAUCAGCCGGGCUUCAUUGAAGAGGCCAAGAGCUUCUUCAGCAAAGCCACUGAGGCCUUCCACCAGAUGAGGAACACAGUCUCAGAUGGUCCCUGGUUGCUGGUGAACUAUGGGAACCUGGCUUGGAUGCAUCACCACCUGGGAGAACAAGCAGAGAGUGAGCGUUACCUGUCAAAGGUCCACGCCCUGAUGAAGGAGUACCCAUCUCCAUCUGAGGACCAGCUGCAUCCAGAGAUCUACGCUGAAAAGGCCUGGACCCUGAUGACGUUUUGUGAAGACAAAAAGCAUCUGGCUGCAGAUUACUUCCAGAGAGACAUCAGGAUGCAGCCGGACAGGAUGGAGUGGCAGACCAGCCGAGUGAUAGCAUUAAUAAGUGUCAAUAAGCACCGUGCCAAAGGGCAGCAUGCUGACAUGUUGGAGGAAAUGAAAAAAGCCAAAGAACAUGAUCCAGAGAACUUGUACCUUGCUGCUCUUUGUCUUGAGGUAUGUGCUCUGAGAGGAUUGAACAUUAAAGAAGAAACGCGUGAAUUGGCCAGAAAGGUUUUAAGUAAACCAGUUAGUAGCUACAAUGGGUUCACACCAUUAAUGACGUUGUACAAACAAUAUUUAUCAAUGGGUGAAGCUAUUGAUUUGGCAGAGGAGGCUCUGAAAAGACAUCAAGAUGAGCGUCACCUCAAGAAACAUGCUGCAAUCUGCUACAAAGAGAAGAUCUUAUCUCCAAGAAACAGUCCUCUGGAGCCCAGCAUGAUCAACAGAGCCAUCAGCCUCUGUAAGGAAGUCAUUUCUCUUUAUCCUCAUUCUUCACUCAGAAUGAGAAAAGCUCUUGAAAACUUAUAUGCAGAGUCAAAAUGUAGAGAUUAAGGGGACCAAAUAUUCAAAGAUCUGCUAGAAAGGGACCUGGAAGACAAAGAGAAACAAAUGGUUUACAACUGCUAUGCAAAGUACUUAUUUUUCAGCCUAAACCAGGAACAAGUGUCAAUAAAAUACCACAAGAUGGCAGCAGAGAUACCACAACAAUCUUUCUAUCU